CCUUUUCUUACGAGUCCUGAGACGGGUAGGGAUCCUAAACCAUCGUCCCUUAAACGGCACAUCUAAAACCCAACAAAAUGAUCAUCUACAAGGAUAUUAUCACCGGAGAUGAGCUCUUCACUGAGGUGUACAAAAUUACGGAGGUUUGCGACGGUAUGCUGUAUGAAGUACAGGGAAAGCUAACUUCGAGAUCGGAGGACGUUGACGGUUCUUUGAUCGGGGCAAAUGCCUCAGCAGAAGGUGGGGAUGAGGGCAGUGAAGCAUCCACAGUCAGUGGAGUUGACAUAGUACUCAACAGCAAACUACAGGAGACGUCGGCCUACAACAAGAAAGCCUACCAGUUGUACAUCAAGUCAUACAUGAAGGCGGUCAAGGCAAAGCUGGAGGAGCAGAAAUCUUCGCGGGUGCAGGCCUUUAUGGCUGGUGCUCCAGCAGCUGUCAAGAUGAUUCUGGCCAACCUGGAUAAAUACCAAUUUUUCACAGGAGAGUCGAUGAACUGUGAUGGCGCUAUUGGCCUGCUGGAUUACCGUGAAGAUGGGGUCACACCAUACAUGGUGUUCUUCAAGGAUGGCAUCGAGAUCGAGAAAUACUAAAUUGUCAGGACAUCUAACAGAAGUGCCUCGACCGGAGUGUUGUCUAGCUGCCAGCUCCCUGACCACAGACUGACUGGACCACCCCUACCUGCAUUCCUUACCACCUGGAACAGACCGCUAUUCUUUUAUUACGCCGUUAAGAGGUUUUUAUUUUUGGCCCAGACCAGCCACACCUCCCAUGCUGGUCUGUGGGUCUGAGGGAGACUCCAGGGCCCUGUGGUUUCCUGUCCUACCCCGCACACCCCUCCAGUCCUGGAGGGACUGAACCAUGACAGCCUGGCUGCUGUGGACAGUGACUUCUAUCAGAUGAACAAUGAUGUGAUCCAACUGCUCUCUCACACAUUGUAAAGGACUCAUUGACUCUAGUUGUGAAAUAAAUGGGCCUAAUGGCCGAAACA